AUGGCGAUCGAUACGCAAGUCCUACUAUCGCAGUUGACGCUGGAGGAGAAGAUCUCCCUUCUUGCCGGGGGUUCAACAUGGCGCACCGCACCAAUCCCCCGUCUUGGGAUUCCUUCCAUUAAGGUGACCGAUGGGCCCUCUGGCGCUCGCGGCGAAACGUUUGUGAGCGGGGCAAAAUCCUCAUUCAUACCCUGUUCCACGCUGCUCGCUGCCACAUUCGACAGAGCGGCCGUUGAAAUGGUGGGGCAGCUGCUGGGUGAUGAAACAGUUGCGAAAGGAUGUCAAGUCUUAUUGGCGCCAACGGUUUGCCUACAGAGAUCGCCGCUGGGGGGACGGAACUUUGAGGCAUUCUCAGAGGAUCCAUGGUUGACGGGGAUACUGGGGGGAGCGUAUGUGAGGGGUCUGCAGAGCAAAGGGGUGUCUGCGACGUUGAAGCAUUAUGCUUGUAAUGAGCAGGAAACUCGCCGGUUCAACGUCGAUGUGCAAAUCUCUGAGAAGGCGCUACGAGAGACGUAUCUUCUCCCCUUCCAGAUGAUUGUGGAGGCCGAGAGCCCCAGAGCUUUCAUGUCAAGCUAUAAUAAGGUGAAUGGAGUUCAUUGCGAUAUGAACGAGUUUCUCCUUAAGAAAGUGCUCCGUGAGGAAUGGGGCUACAAGGGCAUUGUUAUGUCUGAUUUCGGAGGCACAAACUCUGUCGUCGAGAGUUUACGCGCCGGCCUAGACCUGGAGAUGCCAGGGCCUCCGACAAGGCGGAGGGGACUCCUACCUGCAAUAGAGGGGGGAGAGAUUGCAGAGAGUGAGCUUGAUAUCCCUGUCUUGAGAAUCUUGGAAAUGAUCAAGAGCUCAGGAAGGUUUGAGAACCCAGAAGAGCGGCCUGAAGAGGGAGCAGACUCACCAGAAGCUAGAAGCCUGUUGAGGAGAGUUGCAGCAGAGGGUACCGUGCUCUUGAAGAACAGGGAAAGAGCGCUGCCGCUCGAUCCUGUGAGGUUAAAUAAGAUUGCAGUAAUCGGAAGAUUAGCAAAGAACCCUACCGCUGGUGGAGGUGGAAGUGCAACAUUGAAUCCUCACCAUUUGUCUAAUCCGUUUGAUGCCAUCAGCGAUGUCGUCAAAGACUUUGGCGCUGAGGUUCACUACGCAGAAGGGCCAACACUCCACAAGUUCCUCCCAAUGAUUACCGACGGCACACUUCUAGCAGAGGAUGGCGUCACCCCUGGUGUCACAAUCAGAUACUGGAUAGAGGAACAUCAAGACUUCAGCGGCAAGCCUUUAGAAACGGGCACAAUCCCUGGAACUUUCGUCAUGAUGUUCGGCCAAGAGCCCGCUGUUAUCCGUGGGACGCAAUUUGCAUUCCGCGUCACGGGAACCCUGACUCCAAAAACCACCGGAAACCACGAGCUUUCGCUUUGCAACAUUGGUGGCUCGAGAUUGUACAUCAACGAUCAGCUUGUGCUCGACAACUGGGAGUGGAAGGAGCGAUCAGAGGCUUUCUUUACCUUUGGUUCGAAGGAGAAGAGGACCAGCGUACAGCUUGAAGCCGGAGUCUCAUACCAGCUCCGUGUUGACAGUGUUGCAUUCCCACCCCAGCGGAAUGAUGAGCAUAACACUUGCUUUGAUAAUCAGGCUGGGACACGGAUAGGGUACCUUGAGGAGAUAAAGGUGGAUAAGAUAAAGGAAGCACAGGAGAUUGCCCGUGGAUGUGAUGUUGCAGUGUUGGUGGUUGGGAUGACGGAUGAGUGGGAGUCAGAGGGCCACGACAGAGAAACUCUGGCACUUCCAGGUGGCCAAGACGCGAUGAUCAAGGCAGUUGCCGCAGUCACAAAGACAAUCGUCGUCAACCAAUCUGGCGCCCCCAUCUCCAUGCCCUGGCUGGACGAUGUCGAUGCGGUUAUCCAGGCCUGGUACCAAGGCCAAGAGAACGGCUUUGCAAUUGCAGAUGUACUUUUUGGCGUGGUCAACCCAUGCGGAAAGCUACCCAUCACGUUCCCAAGACUACUGGAGGACGCACCUUGCCAUAAGAAUUUCCCCUUUUCCGGAGAGGAUGUCGUGAGAUAUGAGGAGGGAACAAAAGUCGGGUAUAAACACUAUAGCUCCGACCUUGUCAAGCCGCUAUUCGAGUUUGGAUUCGGCUUAAGCUACACCUCAUUCAAGAUCGAAAUGGUAUCGGGAGAGACUCUUCGGCAUACUACAAGAACACCGGCGCGUAUAUCGUGUAAGGUAAAGAACACCGGAAGUGUAAGAGGAAAAGAGGUCGUCCAGGUCUAUAUCGUUCCUCCAGGAAGGUUUCUCCGACCGAUGGCCCGGCAGCUGGCUGGCUUUGCGAAAGUUGAUCUUGCGCCCGGAGAGGCGAAGAUAGUAAGUUUCGAGCUCGACAAAUACUCUCUUGGAUCUUUUGACGAGGCGCGUGGAAAGUGGGUGGCGAAGAAGGGGGCACGUUACACUGUUGGUGUCGGAGCAUCUUCCCUUAAUGUUCCUGGUAUUGUGGAUUUAAUUCUUGACGAGAGUAUGGAGUGGUUAUAA